AUGUGUAACCGAGCCGAUGAUGUGCAGGCAACAGAACUUGCAGCCCAUCGCGUUGAAGAAUCUGCCGGUAAAAGGCGCAAACGAAACGACCCUGCACCGCAGCUCGAGUUUAAUGGGGAUUCUGUUGUCCUUCCGACAGCUGUAAUAGCGUGGUUGGCACACAUCGGUGUAAACGCUGAGCAAUACCAGCGAGCGCUUUACCAGGUGGCUAAAGGAUUAAAGAAGAGGUAUUAUCGCAUGUUAUCGGACCCAGAACCAUCGUGUGAGGUUUCGGGUGUAUCAAAACGCACGUCCAGGGAAUUGAGUGUCCCCGAAGACGUUGAUUCUGCUCCAUCUCAUACACAUAAAGAUACGAUUGUCGAGAGCUCAUUGGCAUCGAAUUCCAGUGAAGCCCUAGCAAACGGCAGCGAUAGUACGUUAGAUGGCGAUUCAAGGUGCAGCAACGCCCAUACAAAGCAACAUACCCCGCGUCAUUCGCAUGUGAGGUGGCUUCGUGACAUCGAACUUUACGAGUGCUAUUCGAAGAUACCUGAAGGUUCCAUCGGGCUAGAUGCGGCGAGUGCAUCAAUAAUAGAUGCUUUGAGGCUAUCGGAACUUCGGCAGGAGAAUGAAUGCAAGUGGAUUUUGGAUAUUUGCUGCGCUCCAGGCGGUAAGCUCCUCGGAACGGUGAGCACCGUAAAACGUCUUUGGGGAGACAAAAUUAACUGCAAGAUUAUCGGUCUAGAUAUUGUCAAAAGGCGGCUAGAUGUGUGCGCCUCUCUUCUAAAAAAGGAGAACGCACCAAGCAACAUCGACGUUCAUUUGCUGAACUGCAGUGGACAGAGUUUCACCGAAUUUGAGGGCGAAUCCAUGAUAGAGCGAUUCGAUCGUGUUAUAGUGGAUGCUGAAUGUACCCAUGAGGGAUCAUUAAGAUCGGUCGUACGCACUUUGAAGUACUGGGGCUUGCACUCGUUGGAGAGCCGAUUUACUGAGGAACAUGCGAAAACUGUAAUCUCAAACCAACGAGAGCUGCUUAGACACGCUAUUAGGUUGGUACGUCCCGGCGGUAUUGUCGUUUACAGUACUUGCUCUUUGCACGAUGAGCAGAAUGAGAUUCUGGUUGCAAGCGUGAUCGAGGAAUUUGACAACGUACAGUUGCGGCAGCUACCCUUGCUGCAGUGCGAUUGCUGUUCAUCGGUUUGUGAUAGGCCAGACGCGUGGCCGGCUACCUCCACGGAAGAUAAAAUACGGAACCAUUGUUCUUCUCGUUACCUUCCUAAUCGUGAGGUGUGCAGUGAAACUAGUAGGUGCGCCAAUCAUAGCUCACCCGUUUGCGUAAGAUUUAGUCCCUUGUCGCCUGAUACCGAUGGUAUAUUUGUAGUUUCAAUCGUGAAAUUACCAGCUUAA